GUUUUUUCCUCACCCAUGUUGAACGGAGGCUGCGACCAGAUUGACUGCAGCUGCGGCGGACGGUGACGCCUUCAGGGUGCUGCUCGGAAAUUCGCAAUGGACGGCUGGAGUCACUUUGGUCUUGAUAAAACCCAGCGGACCGACACAAGCAGACGCCAUGGCAACCCAAAUCAUCACUGGAGACGGGGACCUUGAAUGCUUUCAGAAAAGCAAAACUUACCUUCCUCUGAAGAAGACGACUUUGGACCGCUGAGCAGAGACCCGAUGCCAAAGGGAAGUUAAAUUGUUUUGUAACUUUCUCUCCUCCUGGUUUCAGUGACUGUCUGCUGAGCAACAACAUAACAUUAAAACUUUGAUUUAUUUAUUUUUUUGGUCUUUUGUAUGACCUGUCUGAGCAAAAGAAGUUUACGAUUUAAUUAUCUGGUAACUAUAAUUAGCAACACAAACAAAUGCGCAUGAAUUUCGUGUUUGUAUAAUUUUUUUAAAUCCAUAAUAUUGAAAUGAAUUGUGUUGUGCCCAAAGAAAAUCUGGAUCAAAAAUAUAUAUAUUUAUUUAUUUAUCUUACCAAAAGGCCAUGUUCGAUGUGUUAGAAAACCAUAAUGCUUUUAUAUAUCUGAUCAGGAACUGUGCACCGUGUCCCCACUGCUUCGGAGCGAGUACAGGAACACAGAACCUCAUCAGAAACUCCCUGCGGAAUGACAGUAAACCACUUCGACUCGCCACCAGGGGGCAGCAGAUGCUUCCGUUAAGCCAGCAGGUCUCCAUCACUGCUAACUGCGUCAGGGUGAAAGUGAUCAUGGAGGAUUCGUCAGACCAGUCCCAUUGGGCGUCUCCCACCUUGCUCAGCUCCGACCCCCUCGCCGGCUUCCCCUCUGACCCGGGCCUGUUGACCGCCGGGGAAGAAGGAGAGGCCUUUUUCUCAGCCGCAGACGCCGAUUACGCCGGGCUGUCCUCGUUCUUCCCCAACCCGAGCCACAGCCGAGCGCCGUCCAGCUACAGACACAGCUCCGUCCGGCAGGUGUACACCUCCCCAGGCCUCCUCAGUAACCUCCAGCUCCUGGACGGGCCCCCGAGCCACCCGCUGAGCUCGCCCUACAGCCCCGCGGCCUCCACCUGGAGCGGCAGCCCGCUCACCAAGACGCCGCUGCACUCGCACACCCCGACCUCCCUCUACUCCCCCGGGAUGGCCUCCUCCUUCACCGCCUCCAGGGACGGAUACCCUUCCCCCGGAAGGGAGGGCCGGGAGAGCCCCCGUCUCCAGGAGGCCCUCAAAGCGGAGCGUCUGAGCCCCCUGGGCGGCUCGGGUGCCAGCAGCAACUUCCUGAACCUGACCCCCGCUGCCGGGAGCAUGUACACCCCCUCGUCGCACUCGCACCCCCACAUGCUGAGCCCGUACAGCUCGUACAUGAGCGGGCCGCAGGACUACGGCUCGCCGGCCUUCUACUCCAGCGCCGGCGCCUGGAUCAGCCCGUCCUACUCCCCGAAGCUCCGCAACAAGCUGAGGCCGACCACUCCAGAGGCCCGAGAGUGUGUGAACUGCGGAGCCACCGCGACGCCCCUGUGGCGCCGGGACGGUACCGGACACUACCUGUGCAACGCCUGCGGACUGUACCACAAGAUGAACGGCCAGAACCGACCUCUGAUCCGGCCCAAGAAGAGACUGAUCGUGAGCAAGCGCGCGGGCACCGUGUGCGCCAACUGUCACACCAGCACGACGACGCUGUGGCGGCGCAACGCCAGCGGGGAGCCCGUGUGCAACGCCUGCGGACUCUACUUCAAACUGCACAAUGUCAACCGACCGCUCACCAUGAAGAAGGAAGGCAUCCAGACCCGCAACCGGAAAGUCUCCAACAAGAACAAGAAGAGCAAGAAGGCCGCCAUGUUGGAGCCGUACUUGGACGCGGUCCAGCCGCCUCCCCUGGACGACAACGGCGGGCCCUUUUCCCUCGGCCCCGGGACUCUGCUGACCUACAGCCACACGCCGCACCUCCUGCCCACCCCGACCCCGCUGCACCCUUCCGCCGGCCUGCCCUACGCGCACCACCUCAACUCCGGCAUGGUGCCCACUCUGGUGUGACCCUGCAGCAGCUGCAGCGCGUGCUUCCUCCUUCGUCUAAUGUAGGAUUUGUACAUAAAUGAUGAUUUGUUUAUUAUUUUUUCCACUGUAUUUUUUUUUUAAAUGUUUUUUAUUGCAUCUGUCGUUGACAUAUUUUGACGUGCGAGGCCAGAUAAAAAUCCCUCCACAGAGCUUGCUGCACAUGUAAACACACUGAUGACAGAUUUGCUCCUUCUGUAAAUACAAAACAAGCGUCUGAUUUACUGCCAGCGUCUGCUUCGGGCUAAAUAAUAUGAAGUUACACAGGAGUUUUAAUGUUCACGGCUCUCUGUUAUGUAUUUGCAUACAUGAUCUAACCGCACUAAAGCUGCAGAGAGAAGAAUAAAAUGUUUGACUUUA